GGAUUUCUCCGAAAGGGGCAGCAAUUCAGCCCCCCCUACACAGGAACUCAAAGAUCGAUCGGGGAUUCAACCACGAGCUUACCGGAUCACUGCUUUGUCCUGCUGGGUUGGACUGGAAGGACGCAGAAACGAGAGAGAACCUCCGAAGUGGCGAAAUGUUAGUCUGUGGGGACCAAUGGCCCAUUUUCUUAUAUGCCCACCAUACGUUUGAUGCGGAUGACCCAUGGUGCGGUCUUCUUAGGAGCCGCUUGUUGGUAUGUGCCUACAAGUAUGUCUUUACGUCUCCAAGUUCGGUCGACAAAGAACCGAAAGCCACGCGGUCCGGGAAUGCUCGCCUUCAUGGCAUGAAUUCCGUCACCAUCGCGUCCAUAGCUUACGUUGCAACUCAGGUCCGAUUUGCUAUAAGUUCUUCUUCGGUGUUCUCAAGGACCGACACAACGACCGACUCAGAAACAUUUUAUCAUAGCCUCCUCGACCUCUUCGAAGAUCCUGAGGAAUCUAAGGAGGUUGAUGACCUACUCACUUGGUGGAAUCGCCAAGUGUUUCCCACUUCCUCUGCCGCUAAACGACCUAUCAGCGCCAACAGUGCCUUAUCGAAAAUACGGCUCAAACGUCUUGCGAUCAAACAAACUACAGAUUCAAACUUAAUUUCAUCGUAG